AUGGUUGAAGAUGUGACCUUAGCACGCCGUGGAGAACAAGUUGUUGGCACCCUUCAUCUAACCCCGCACCAUAUUAUCUUCUCCGCGAUCCCUCCACAGCCCGACAAUGUCCACGCGCAGGGUACGCCCAUUAGACCCAAGGAGAUCUGGAUAACAUACCCCAUCAUUGCGUUCUGUACCUUCCGCCCGACACCCGCCGUAUCCCGCCAGCCGUCGUCGAUCCGCUUAAGAUGUCGGGAUUUCAACUUCGUGUGCUUCUACUUCUCAAACGAGAGUAAGGCUAGAGAUGUAUAUGAGAGCAUAAAGUCGUGGACCUGCAAGAUUGGGCGUGUGGAUAGACUCUACGCCUUCACUUUCCAGCCGCCUCCCCCGGAGCAAAAGUUCAAUGGUUGGGAGCUUUAUGAUGCCGGCAAAGAGCUGGCGCGUCAAGGUGUUGAUCGUGAUGGCCACGGUUGGCGUAUAUCGCAGAUGAACUCUGAUUAUGGGUUCUCUCCAACUUACCCUGCCCUGUUUGCUGUGCCUACUAGUAUAUCAGACAAUACACUCAAUUACGCCGGACGAUAUCGAUCACGCGUGCGCAUACCGGUGCUGACAUAUCUCCACCCAGUCAACAAUUGUUCAAUCACAAGAAGCUCCCAGCCGCUUGUGGGUUUCCGUGGAAACCGAAGCAUCCAGGACGAGAAGCUGCUGGCGGCCAUCUUUGGGACAACGAGGUCAGAAAGACCGCUUGCGAACGUCACACCGCCGAACUUAGAACAUGAAACCUCGACAUCCACCCAAAAUGAACUAUCCGGUAGCCAGAGCUGGCCGGACGUCACGAAUGCCGAAGAGUUAGAAGCCGAGCUUGUAUCGUCGUUUGAUGAAGAGACGCAAGGGAGACCUCAUAUAUAUGGUGCGCAGCAGCAUAACCUAAUCGUUGACGCACGUCCUACUGUCAACGCACUCGCCAUGCAGGCCGUUGGCCUUGGUUCGGAAAAUAUGGACAACUACCGGUUUGCGACGAAGGUGUAUCUUGGAAUUGAUAACAUUCACGUGAUGAGGGAUUCUCUAAACAAGGUGAUAGAGACGCUCAAAGACUCUGACCUCACCCCGCUUGGUCCAAACAGGGAUCAGCUGGCAAAAAGUGGCUGGCUAAAGCAUAUUGCAGGUAUUCUGGACGGGGCCGGUCUGAUUGCUCGUCAGGUUGGCCUUCAGCACUCGCAUGUGCUGAUUCACUGUUCGGAUGGAUGGGAUCGCACAAGCCAGCUUAGUGCGUUAAGUCAGCUCUGUCUAGAUCCGUACUACCGUACUCUGGAGGGGUUUAUGGUCUUGGUCGAAAAAGACUGGCUUUCUUUCGGUCACAUGUUUCGUCAUAGGGCAGGGCACUUGAACAGUGACAAAUGGUUCCAAAUCGAGAACGAACGAAUCGGCGGUGACGCCGGGCGGAGCUUUGGUGAGAGCGGCGGCGCUGGCAAGGCCAUCGAAAAUGCAUUCCUUAGCGCCAAAGGCUUCUUCAACCGGGAUAACGCUAGCCGUGACUCGCUGGGCGAUUCUGAUGGAGAGUUACGGGAUUAUGAUUCAGACAGUCCCAAUGCGAAAAAGCCCAGUCCGACGCCCAGGACUGUUGUCACCGAAAAGGAAAUCACCAAACCCAAGGAGACGAGUCCUGUUUUCCACCAGUUUCUCGACGCAACCUAUCAAUUACUCUACCAGUAUCCGUUCCGCUUUGAGUUCAACGAGCGAUUUUUGCGACGACUACUAUACCACCUAUACUCGUGUCAGUACGGCACAUUCCUGUUCAACAGCGAGAAGGAGCGUAUGGAAAUAAAGGCUAAGGAAAGGACACGCAGUGUCUGGGACUAUUUCCUUGCCCGAAGAGAACUGUUCACGAACCCUAAGUACGACCCCGAAAUCGACGACAAUAAGCGGGGCAAGGAGCGGUUGAUCUUCCCACGUGUCGACGAAGUGAGAUGGUGGAGUGAAGCCUUUGGACGAUCAGAUGCAGAAAUGAAUGGUGGUCGCAUGUCCAGCAACCUCCAGCCGAAAUCUCGUGAGACUUCAGAGACAGAGCACACCCCUGUUCUUACGGGCCUUGAGUCCGCCAAUCAUGCUAUCGGCAGCGGCGUACCUGCCGCUCGCAGUCCGUCACCGCCAAAGAAGACAACCGAAGUGACUUCUGGAAUCUCGAGCUUAUCUUUAUCAUCAAACAAGGAUAACAACGGCGACCGGGAGAGCAUGAGCCAAAUGGAGGUUGAGCUCCAAUAA